UCCCCCUUACUCCUCUCUCUCUCUCUCUCUCUCUCUCUCUCUCUCUCUCUCUCUCUCUGAGCCAUAGAACAAAAUUUUGUUCCUCUCUCUUCCAAAACACCAUCCCUGCGAUUAGUCUGAAAUCAAGUUCUACAACCAUAAAGGCUGACCUCCAUCUUGCUGCUGUGUUAUGCUGGAGUCGAAGCAGGAGAGUAAGUCCAGAGAUAGUUAUUGUUUUGGCACUGUUACUAUACGCAAGGAAGAAGAGCUUGUGACUGUUUCAAGAACAGCGCAAGAAGAGAGAAGGAGAAGAAGCUUUUCUUCAGAUGUUAUCCGUUGAGAACCCUCCACCUGAAUCAGAUCCUCCUCUUCCAUGUCCACUGAAGAAGAAGAAGCUCGUGAAUUCGCCUCAACUGGAUCCAUCUUCAUCAUCAUCCUUAUCAUUGUCAUCAUCACUUGAUCAUCAUCAAAGCCGUGUUCAUCACCACAGCAGCAGCCAUAGCCAGACCCCAAAUUUCUGCAUAAGAGAUUAUGUGUUCGCUGUCCGAAGGAAGGAUGUCGAGAAGAACUGGCCAUUUUCCCCAGAAAAUCUGCAGCUUUGUCUCAAACAUGGGGUGAAACACCCUUUGCCUCCAUUUCAAUCCUUUGGUCCCGUUAAAGACCGAUCUCUCAAGCCAUGUACGGUUGAAGCCGCAUCCGAUGUCGCCAAAAUGUCCGAUGAUGAUCACCCAACGUCUCGGAAAGUACGGGUUCUCGCCGGAAAACUGAAACCAUGCUCGGAAAAUACGCUCCCCUCAACCGCGACAAGCGCCAACCAAUCUGAAAUAGAGUGUCUUGAAUCUGAUCAGCCCGUGUCAGAUCAAUCGACUGUGAAGCAGUAUCCACCUUCGAGAAGCAAAACUGAGAACACGACAACCAUCAGAUCACCCACAGGCAAGAAGUGUCGGCUCGUGGUGAAGUUCGGUUCCUCGUCUGCAGAAGACGUUGCAUCUGAACUGAUGGCGUCUUCAAAGACUUGCCCUGUUUGCAAGAAUUUCUCUUCCUCUUCGAACACAACCUUGAACGCUCACAUCGACCAGUGCCUCGCAUCAGGCUCGAAGCCCGUGUCAGACCCAAGUUCUAGACUGGCCGCCAGGCAUAAAAUCAAGCCGAGGAAGAUCAGAUUGAUGACUGAUAUCUACACCACGGCGAAAGAAUGCACGUUGGAAGAGCUGGACAGACGAAACGGCACGAGCUGGGCCGCCAUGGGAGGUGAGAAGAGGUCUGAAGGCGUAAACGAAGAGGGCAAGGGCCGAAGGGCGUCAAUGGAUCUUUCCAGAGAUAGUGCAUGUGAUGAGGCUAAUGUUUAUGUAGAUGCUAACGGCACCAAAGUCAGGAUCUUGUCGAAGCUAGACAGUGAUGGAACAAUGGCGAAAAUGCCCGUGAAAGGAGGGAAAUUGUUUUCAGUAAAAAAGAAAAGCCGCCAUGGAAAGAGAAAGCACAAGUAUCUCAAGCUUGUUCCUCAAAGCACGAAACUUUUGCCUCCCAAAGCUCAUUCUUCGCAGGUUCAGGUUGAUCAAGAAGAAGAAGGAUAUUCUCAAGAGGAAACUCGGAAAGAGGAAUUCGGGGCACCUAAGCGGAUAAAGCUUCUUUCGCUUCCGGGAAGCUCAAGACAGUGGACGCCAAUGAAAUCGACCACUGUGACAAAGGAGCCAAGCAAGAGAGGUUGCAGAAAGUACCCGUCUUCUGGGAACGAUGAACCGUGUCUUCGUCAAGAUUCUUUCGCGCGGAGAAGCAAAAUCGAGAAGGUCAUGAAACCUCUUCUGCCCAUGAGGCGAAAUACCGAUAAUUCAAGAAACGUCCGUUCUUCUUUGUAUCGGACUCCUACAUCGAGGUCCUCUGAGAAUGGUAGAAACUUCGUCUCGUCUUUAGGCAGAAGGAGGAUCUGUUCUUCAGCCGGAUUGGAAAAAUCUACGAAGGGAUCUCCGGGAGUUGGGUCAAGAACAUUGGACGUACCAUCGCCGGGUAAGAAAGUACCUAUCAGGGGCCAAUCUGCAUCUGAAAAUAAGCUUUCUGCAGGUAAAACACGUUUUAGCUUCAAGAAUAUGGGGUCUUGGGUUUUGGAUGAGGGAGAUGAUGAAGAAUUUGUUGCCCGAGAACGAUCUGCUAACUGGGAAAACGUGCAAGAUGGGUCUGAGAAUCGUUACCAGAUGAGUGAUUCAUCUUUUGGAACCUCUGAAGAACGGUUAGGAUCCGAGAACUUUCGUUGCGGUAAUGGGGAAAUGGCUGAUUCUUCUCCACGAGAACUUGACCCUUUUGAUGAUGAAACAAGUACUUCGGUUGACAGUGAUAGCGAAAGUGACAAAAACGACGAUGUGGAUGAUGUCCUAAAAGAUCUUGAUUGCCGGGAAAUUACUCAAGAAAGAGCUGUUACUAGCCUGAGUCAGUUUCUUGAACCAGAUUUCAUCAGGAGGAGUCACUCCGAAACACUGUUUGUCUCAUCGGAUGCUUCUUCUGAUGGCCAAGCCCUUCUGCAUUCAUCCGAGCCAGAUUUUCUCGGCGGACAAGAAGGAUAUUCUGCUCGUGAUGAUGAUUCCAGGAACAUGAUACAUGACCAUGCUACAUGUAUGGAUAUGGAUAUGGAUAUGGAUAAAGGAAGCUCUUUUCCAGACGUUGAUCCUAUUCCGAUCCCGGGACCUCCGGGUUCAUUCUUGCCAAGUCCCCGAGACAUGAUGAUGGCUUCUGAAGAUUUUCCUGGACACUCAUCAUUGACCACAAGUCCAGUUAGAUCCUCCGAGGAUAUCCGAGAUUUCAUCGACAGAGUAUCAUCCGAUUCGCCGCUUUCUAUGGCAUCAACUGUGUCGAACUCUCGACCCGAUCACAUGAAGUACUUUGAGCAGUUCUCGUCAGCUGGGAUGGCGCUAGGGCAAGAGAAGAAGGACCUGAAUUCUGCAGUGUCGUCUUUACGGUCCAGCGUGGAGAUCGAGAGAAAGCCCGAGUCGGAAAACCUCAACUUCGAUGGAUUCGCCAUUGAAAAGAGACAGUUUGAACUCGGUAGCCAUGAUCAACCGUGCUGUUGCCAGAGAAGGGAGAGAUCUUUACCUCCUCAAGGAUUCAUCUCUCUGAACUUUCAAGAAUCUCAGCUUCUGAAGCGAAGAACAAUGGCUUCUUCUGCGGAAGAUAGACAAAUGGGUGUUCUUCUAGACAUGAAUCCAAGUAGCUCGGAUCACCCGAGAUUCGAAUCGACUGCUCCUCCAAGAAAUCCAUUCACAGCCCUUGAUUCGGGACCUGGGCACACACCAGAUCUUCUGCCUAUGAGGAGGCCAUUGUCUGGUACUGAUGGCACGAUCACAAGCCCAUAUGGUUCUAAUCCAGUUUUGAGGCUAAUGGGCAAGAACUUAAUGGUGAUCAACACAGACGAAAAACCUUCCACCAGCCAUGGCUUCAGCACUCAGGUGGCUCAGAAUCAAGCUCAGGCCCAUGCAGGAACUUUCCACCAGAGCCAUUACUCAGUUCCACUCUCUCUCUUCAACCCACAAGACUCUUCCUCUUCUGCUCAUUCUCAAGCUCUGAACCCACAGGUCUCCGACCGUUUCAGCCCCAUCAAGCUGACCUGCAAUCCAGAAGAUCCCCGAAAGAUUCACCUAAGUUCUUCACUGUACUUCUCGUAAAACUCGAAAGAGGAAGAAAGAGCUUUUGCAGGAGCUGGAAUGAUCUUUCAGUGCUUGGGAUUUAGGCAAGCGAAUAUGUAGUUUGUUUUUCUCUUGCAGAGUCCACUUUGAUGAACUGAAACUCCCCCAGAAGAAUAAGGAAGAUACUUUAGUUGACACUGUAACAAGAGAGGGCUUAAAGGCCCUGGAACUUGAAAAAAAAAAAGACAAGACAAGAAAAAAAAGAUCAUCAGCAGGUGUUCUUCUUUCAGAAGAUGUUUUUUUUUUGUACUCUCUCUGAAUAUAAAUGUGUUAUAUAUAUAAAAUGUCUGAAUAUAUGUGUAUA